ACUUUUGAAUUCAUUCAUGUUCAUGUUGUUCGUGCUUAACUCUCGAAGCGUGCGUACGUGCUGCGUCGUGUGCUCUCGCGGAUUGAUGUGUUUUGUUGGAAAUCCUGUUUGGUACUGUGAAAAACGCAAUAGAAUAUGGUGAAUGAAGGUAAAUAAGGCAGUGAAAGGCAAUUUCGAAGUACACCGGUAUCCGUGCGCUCUGUUUUCCAGUGCAGUAGAUAGCUUUUCCUGUUAAAAAGCAGCAACAGCAGCAGUGCAAUCGUUAUUGGUGGUGUGCAGUUUGUUGAUGCAGAAGAGUGGUUGAUGUUUUUUUUUUGUUUAGUGCUACGGGAAGAAAAGUUUCAGGAAAAAACCCCGUUCCUUUCUGUUCAGUCGCGGUGUUAGUGAUUAAUAAAAAAAAAGAAAUAUGAAAUUGGUUUUACAUCUCUGCAGUGGGAAUAGUACGGUGAUGAUGUGAAGAUAAAAUAGAAGAAAUUUUAAGUACGCAAAUUGCAAGUGCAAAAAAGUUACCAGACGUCGCUGUGUCUGAAUAAGUGCUGGUUUUGUGUUUCGUUUGUGUUUUUGGUGGUGUAGAAACGGUGUUUUUUAAAGUAGAAAAACGACGUGUCAGUUGUGAGCGAAAGGGCCCAAAUCUGCAUAUCAAACUCUCUGUGGUGGAGUUUUUUUCCCGUUCGGAUUACUUACUUAUCACUGUGGAUUCCGAUUCUGAUAAAAGACCUUCAUAACCCAACGGCAAUCGAAGUGUCCGUCCCAGGAUCCCACCGUACUCCAUCUGAAGUUUUAGAGCGAACCGUGGCCCAAAAAAAAAUACUAACUUUCCACAAACACUAUGAUUGCACUGGUCGAGGAAGCGAAACGAGCAACAGUGACAGGAACGACGUCCAAAGAAUCAUUGCAAUUUGUCGUUCACCGAUUUGCAUAGUUGUAGCACAAAGUUUUCCCAAAAGGAAUUCUGCCGUGUUCGCAUAGGAAGUGAGUUGUGCCAUCACAUCUAAUAAGGCACAUUGCUCGGACUGGCAGCGAAGAUAGCUCCAUUGCUGCAUGACGAGAAAGGACAUUCUGUUCCGUGGUUCAACCGACACGGCCACCAAAGUGUAGCAAAACACAUUCCACCACAGCAAGAGCAAAGAACGUAUAUACCCGCAAACCGGAACGGAAGAUAGCGAAUGUUGUUGCUUGUUGAAAGUUUUGCGUUUGUAAGGUUGGCUAAUGAAAAAAGUUACCAACCACGGUUACUACUACUACUACAACUACUACAGCACGCCUGACAGUGAAAGGUUUAUACAGCUGGAUAUACAAAGUUCAGGAAAAGAGCGAACAUACGGCAAAAAAAGGAUCCACUGUUGUACCAUGUGAAGCCGGCUAUUAGUUUUUGUGAGACACGUUACGAGAAGUAGUCUCGUCCUCCAUAUACCGGUUAGCAAGUACUUGACGGACUUGAAGUAAUUAGAAUCCAUUCAUUAACCCCUGGAGAAGUGGAGUAACGAAAGAAAGCAAGAAAAGCUACCACAGUUCGCUUUUAACUGACCUCCAACACACUUGCAGCAGGUUGAUUAUCUCCUCUCCAAAUGAGGAUUCCUUCAACGAGCAUCACACGUUCACGGUUGCUGUCAUCGUCAUUUUCGGUUAGUUCGCUACCAUCGUCACCAUCCUCAUCCUGUCCGGCAUUGUGUUCGGCAGCAUUUGCACCGGUACCGGGCUAUCCGUGGGCACGAUCCGAUAGCCGGACGUGAAAUCAAGCAGCAGCAGUAGCAGCAUCACCACCAACAACAAGCAUCGAUAGCUGAUAGAGCAAAGCGGGGGUUAGCAGAGGAUAGCUUAUUUCGUGAAUAUAGUAAAACCGUCACCGUACGGUUUUGAAGAUUUUUUCCCCACGUUAAGGAGCAACAGUACAUACACACAUCCACAGUAGCCCAUUGCUGUAGUAUCAUUUCAUCCUCUCCUCCUGACCCCACGUUUCCGUGCGCGUUACGAUGGGCAAUAAAUGUUGCAGCAAGCGACAGGAUCAGGAACUAGCGCUUACCUAUCCCGGCGGCUACAAGAAGGGUGACAGCAGCUUCAACUCAAACCUCUCCGGACCGAAGCACAAUAAUGGUGGUUCGAUCGAUUCCCGGUACACACCCGAUCCGAACCGGGGUCAGCUUAUAAAACAUCCGAAGGGUGGCGUAGACAUUAUUCGACCACGAACAACACCGCUGCUGCCCGGUCACAACACGCGAAGGAUAGUGGUUGCGCUGUACAACUACAAUGCGCGCGAGGAAACAGACGUCAGCUUCGUCAAAGGGGACCGCAUGGAGGUUCUGGACGAUACGGAAUCAGACUGGUGGCGUGUGGUACAUCUAAAGACCCGUCAGGAGGGUCUCAUUCCAUGGAACUUUGUCGCCGAAGAUCGUAGCGUCAACAGUGAAGACUGGUUCUUUGAAAAUGUUUCACGGAAAGAAGCGGACAAAUUGCUGCUGGCGAAUGAAAAUCCCCGUGGUACGUUCCUGGUGCGACCGUCCGAGCACAAUCCGAACGGGUUCUCACUCUCGGUCAAAGAUUGGGAGGAAAGUCGAGGCUAUCACGUAAAGCACUACAAGAUUAAACCACUGGACAAUGGAGGCUACUAUAUUGCAACGAAUCAAACGUUCCCAUCGCUACCGGCACUGGUGAUGGCAUAUUCAAAGAAUGCCCUCGGACUGUGCCACGUACUGUCUAGUCCUUGUCCAAAACCACAGCCCCAGGUGUGGGAUCUUGGGCCCGAACUGCGCGACAAGUGGGAAAUCAAUCGCAACGAGAUCCAGCUGAUCCGCAAACUCGGACACGGCAAUUUCGGUGAGGUGUACUACGGUAAAUGGCGAAACAACAUCGAGGUGGCGGUAAAGACGCUACGCGAAGGUACCAUGUCGACGCAAGCCUUCCUGCAGGAGGCGGCCAUUAUGAAAAAGUUCCGCCACAGCCGGCUGGUAGCGCUGUACGCCGUAUGCUCCAAAGAGGAACCGAUCUACAUCGUGCAGGAGUACAUGUCCAAGGGCAGCUUGCUCGAUUUCCUGCGCACCGGCGAUGGCCAGUUCCUGCAGUUUGAGGAUCUGAUCUAUAUUGCCGCACAGGUAGCAUCCGGCAUGGAGUAUCUCGAGCUGAAGCAACUGAUUCAUCGGGAUCUUGCCGCACGGAAUGUGCUGAUCGGUGAGAACAACGUGGCAAAGAUCUGUGAUUUCGGGCUGGCACGCGUGAUAGCGGACGAUGAGUACUGCCCGAAGCAGGGUUCCCGGUUCCCGGUCAAAUGGACCGCACCGGAAGCGAUCGUGUACGGCAAAUUCUCGAUCAAAUCGGACGUCUGGUCGUACGGUAUACUGCUGAUGGAGCUGUUCACCUACGGUCAGGUACCGUACCCGGGCAUGCACAGUCGGGAGGUUAUCGAGCAGAUCGAGCGUGGCUAUCGGAUGCCUAAACCAACGGCACACCAUCUGCCGGACGACAUCUACAGCUUGAUGUUGAAGUGUUGGGACGCGAUACCGGACAAGCGGCCAACGUUCGAGUUUUUGAAUCACUAUUUCCAGAACUUUACCAUCACCUCGGAGGUGCCGUACCGAGAGGUACAGGAUUAAGCAAACCGGCGGGUAGUGUGUCGGGUCGGGGCAGGGAGAAGCGUUUAGAUUUAAGCAUCAUAAGAAGGACGCGCGUCAUAUGCACAUCCGCGGCAUCAAAACAUACAUACGUACCGUUUCCUGUGUUCUUCUUUCGCCAGCACGCACGCACUAGUUUCACGAACUGCUUUUACAUUUGUGUUCGCUAGCUUCACCAGUAUCCUAGUUAGCUUCUAGUUCCUGAACGUGGUAAAUAGUGAUGGUACAGGAAAGGAAGGGCAUGUAGCUGUGUCCAAAUGCAACGAUGCAAAUUGCCACAGCAGAAGGUUACCGACAGAAAAAAAGGUUCGCACAAUUUCAUCUAAUUAGUUAGAUGCUGCAUCACUAUGUGUUUGUUUUUUUAACAUCCUUUUUGUUCAUUUCCACUAGCGUGAUACGAAUGAAGCAACGUACACACACACAAUAGCAUAAUUAGUAGCUGCGAUAUCGUUCAGCUCCAGUGGCCAAUACAUUGAAAUGCUGUGUUUAAUCGAAACGGAAACAGAUCCCCACAUAUGUGUGGAUGGACGGUGCGUUGAUGAGCUGGUGUGUGACCACGACGCCACGCCUCUAUUCACAACAGUGUACGCGCAUUUACCGAUGUGGGACGACAAGUACUAUUUAGGUAUGACAAAUAUUUUAGUAACAUAUUUAAGCGGGUGGUAUUUUUGAGCACACCGAAGACGAUCGCUGUGUGUGGCAUGAAAAAUACACAAUCAAGCGUAACAGCGCGCCCGCAUGACAAUGAGACGAACCCGUAGCAGCUAGUUCGAAAGGGUAAAUUGAGAUACACGUGAGAUUUAUUUUAUCUUUCCGUGCGAAUUGCAGCAGUAAAAGAAAAUAAAAAGGAAACGCUAAGGAAACUAGCGCGCGUGCAGCGCGCAGAAAGAAGAAUCAGGAGUACAGUGUGGUACAGGCUUUUCCUGAACGUUAUUAGUUUUUAAACUGAUCGUAUGCUUAAGAAGAAAAAAAACAAGAACAGUAGUAAUUAAAGCAGAAUAUUCGGGAACUUUUUCUCCACGCUAAUCGAUAGAAAAAAAGGUAGGAGAAGAAGUGGUAGCAUGGUAAAAGACGAUUUGCAGAUAAUAAUAUCCGAGGAUCGGUUAGAAGUUAACUAGCAAGGAUCGAUAAUAGGUAUCGCUUUUGUGUGUGUGAAUGGAAAAAGAAACACAAAUUACGCGCAGCACGUGGUGAACUCUCGUUUUCCCACCAGCUCUCUCUUUGGUCCACUUUUUACUCCCUCCACCGCACUGUUUCCAUCUCUGCGACCGUUCAAUCCAGAUUUAGAAAUGUGUUGAACUACAUGGAACAAUCCUGCGCAGGAUACGGUAAGGGACACAAGACGAGGGGAAAAGAGAGAAAAAUGAAAGCAAAAAAAAACCAAAGUUCAAAUGUUAUUCUUCUAAUUCUAAACUUGUGUAAACGUAGGUUUUGAGAUUUAUUUUUAAAGCGGAAGGAAAAGUCCAACCAAGUAAUAUGUGCGUGUAAAGGCGAACUUACCGUACGUGUUGGUGCUGUCUGAGGGCUAGUUAUAGUGCAGUUGUAGUGCGGUAUUUGUGUAAUUAUUAUGGACCGUUUUCUUUCGUUUUGUCUUUCCAUUUUCCGCUUCCUUUCAAAUGGUACACAUUCGAAUAUGCAUUUAUUCCAUCUUCGUGCUAUGUGUAAACACGUGACAUUGAUAAAGGAACACAUUCUCAAAAACAGGACUAAAUCAUUCGCACACAAAAAAAAGAAAACGCCAAACCACUUAUUGCGGUCAUGCAAGUGUGAAAGAAUCAAACAAAAAUGGCUUAGGAUAAACCAUAUAAAAUGGAUAAUCAUCAGAUACGACAAAAAAGGUGUUCACAAGCAACAUAAGUGUAUGUGUGCUGUAGUUUUUUUUUUAGCUAUUCUCAUUCUAGCGGCUAGUUUCAUUUGAUUAGAACUGAAUUGCACAAAGGAAAAGACAAUUUUAUUCUCUAUGUGUUUUUCGUACGUAGAGAAGUACGAAGGCUAAUCUCUAGUCCUUUACACUGCGUAAUGAUGCCACUAGUUGUCCAUCCACCAAAAAAAAACUCUGACGUUUUUGUUUUCGUUGUUUAUUUUCUCUUUCAACUAUACAACUAACUGUUUUGUGAAUGGAAAACAAUGUUAGAACCGUGCAUAUUGGGUGCGAAAAAUAGGAAACCCCAUAAACCAGAGUAGUGGCGCACGCAAUCCUUUGAGAAUCAAAUGUGUCUUCAAACUGCCAUAGAGAGGGAAGAACGGUACACACGCGCACACAUGUGAACUACUACUAUUCACAAUUCCUCAAUCUUCUUCUUCCUGUUACUUCAGUCGGUUGUUUUUUGAUACAUGUUUUGUAAGUCUGUUUUCGUAGUAUUGUGUGCAUUAGCGAAGAAGGAGAAGCGCAAAGUCGAAAUAUUGAAAUAAUACAAAAAAAAACGUAGUAAUCUUCUUUCCUCAAUGAUAUACAACAACCAGAGCAUAACCGAACCGGAUACAAUAAUGAACAUGUGCAUUUCGACAGGUUUCGAUCACGACCCAUCCACAACACAAACACAACAACAAGCAGCAUCCAAAACCAGGAUGUAAAUUUUAUCAGUAAACGAAAUGAACUUAGGAAUGAAAAAAAGAAAGAAAAAAAACAUAAACACAAGGAUAGAAGGAUCAAACACACACACGCCCUAAAACGCCACAGUUGCUACUACUAACAGCUAACAUAAGAGAGAGAGAGAGAAAACAAGAAAACAUCCAAUAUACGAAGCUAGACACAUUACAUGGUACGCGUAAGUAAAGCAUAAAAGUAAACUCUAAAUUAAAAUUAGGAUAUAUCGUACGACGAGAUGAUUGUGUGUUAAGAGCAAACAGGAAAAUGGUAAAAAAACGAAAAUAAAAACAAAAACACAUGAAACGCCAAAUCAGUGCAUCAUCAUCUUUGACCAUACAAAACAUUUACGACCCGUGUCUCAUAUUUACUAUUCCUACUACUACUUGAACGAGUCUUGCGGCAAUGUGGAAAGUUUGUUGGUCGGAAAAAUUUAUCGAUCGAGUUGCGGGAGCGUCGAUCGGAGUAGUCGUGAACACACCUUAGUAUGAUGACGUUUUAGUAAGAAAGGAGACAGAGGACAACCUUUUACAAGUACCUUCUAUGCGCCGGGUGUGUGUGUGUGUGUGUGUCUUUUUGUCCUUCCUUGCACGAUCGUUGCUUGAUACGCGUGAUUUUGACCCAUUUUUGCUGCAUUUCCUUACACGAAGGAUUGUACGAAAGCAACACUGUCUGUCUGUGCACAUACAACGGAAAGAAGCAAUCUUUCAAACAUAGUGGGAAGUUAGCGUAUUGAAGCAGCAAAAGCAUAAACAGGAUAUUAGAAGGACAUUGUAAUGAACUCUUGUUUUUCGAACCUAAACUAUAAACAACUAUAAAACAAACGCAAACUACAUUCACAAACACAUCCCAAACUCUGCACCCAGCCUCAUUUAACUAGAGAGCAAACACUAUUCCGACCAAAAAGGUACAGUAAUGGAACAGCAUCGGUUUUAGGAACAAAUGGUAUUUCAUAAUGAAAAAAAAAACGUUUCCAAUCAACUAAACCAGACACAACCAGCGAAAGCAAGCGGCACUUAUGUAACACUUACACGAACGAGAGGAAUAGAUGAAACAAAAAGGGAAAAAAGUUUAAAAGAUUUAAAAUAAACCCCAACAUACCCACAACUUUAGCUACUUUUACUCAUUUUCACACAGAAAGCAAUGGUAAAGCUACAACAAAACAAAAAAAAAUAAGUGAAUACUAUACAGAAAAACAGAAGGAAAACGAACAAAAAUAGUAAUCUACACACUUACGCUACUAAUACGAACAUGUUUUACCGAGGAGAAGAUAAGAGACCGGAGUUCCUUUUUGCAGGAUGUAUAAGAGAAAGAAAAAAAAAAGUGGAACGGCACAGUUGUGAAACUAUCGAAGAAAAUAACAAAACAAACAAAAAACCCAAAUCAAUAAGUGAAAUAAAUCGAAAGAAAAUUAAAAAAAAAGGAAUAAAAAAAACUCUUGUAGCAUAUAUAUAUAUAUAUUAAUAAUAGAACAAACGGAAACAUGGGGAAGGAAUUUUUUUACUAAUGCAAAUUAUUAAACGAACGCUGUGUGCAGGAGAAGCAUUUUAUACAAACAAACAAAAAACAGCAAAAGAAAACGUACAUAAGCAAAGAUAAUGCAAAUGGGUUAAUAGAGUUACAAAACAAAAGGUGAACAAAAAUCGACGAAAUGAGAGGGGAUUAAUUCAUCCAUAAACCAUUCCUUAUAACAUGUUGCUGAGAUACAAUGCGCAUCCUUUAUAUACAGUGUGACGAUUCCUUGCCACAUACAUAUAACAACACGUGCACACAUACACGCAAAAAUGCCACACACAUUUACAGUCGAAACCUACAAAUAUCUAUUUCUGCCACGCAAGCCAGCAGUAUGAAUUAGCAUAUUCUUGUUUUGUUUUAAGCACAUUCGAAUGAUACGAAGUAGUAAGGCAGGGAAAAUGAAGGUUCAUUGUCCGAAUGGGUUAUACAAUCAAUCGUGCUCUCCUACUAUUACCACGUGUACCGAACAAAACCCGCAAAUGAACCACAUAGGACGUGCAAGCAGGGGAAGAAAUAGUAGUAAGUGUAGUAGGGAACUUAGUAGGGUGAAUACUUCGUCCGUGGAAAAACAAGCUUGUAACAAUGCCUGGACAAAAAUCUUGUGCGUCUUUCUAAUGAUCAUCACAAGCAGAGUAAAUGGGACGAAUAAUGCGCCUAGGCUUUGUGUAAAAAUGGACCUCUAAAAGCCCCGAAAGAACGCACACACACGCCGAACAGGAUCAACCAAAAUCGGGUGCAGGCGUGUAACGGGUGUAUUUAAAUUCAAUGUUUUAGUGGUUUGUUGUUGUACCCGAUUAUGUACUAAGCACCAUCCGAUCGAACGAUUGCAGUGCCCCGAAACGUGGGAAUAUGGAAUCAGCAAAAAAAAAAAGAAAGAUGAUCAACCUUAAAACAAAAACACACAUGCCUCUUGCACAAAAACAAAAACAAAAAGGAAGGAGGAUAUUGUUGGUGUGUGUUUUUUCUCUCUCGCAGGUUAGCCAGCAUAAAAUCGUACAUAUAGAGACACAAGGAAAUCAGUGGUGGAAUGAAACAAAACUGGAAAUUAAAGUGAAAAUUGAAAACAACAAAA